CCAUUAUUUAAACCUGACGUUGAGCUGUCUCGCAGGAUUUGUUGAUUUUAGUGUAUGAAUCUCUUAUGACAGUUUAUUCAGGGAAUCAAAUAAGGAUUUCGAUGAAUGCCUCAAAAGAAUUAAUACAAUUCCUUUCACUAAUUAUCGUGCGUUUUACGUACGUUUGAAAAAAACAUUUUGCUGGUAUUCCUGACUUCGACACAACUCGUAAACUUCGGACUGUUACUUGUUGCGAUUAAUUACGUAAAGUGUUGUCUACAUCAAAUCAAACUAGUGACAAAGGUUUAAGCCAACUGGAAAACAACAGCUGACUGAAUCUCUACAUCAAUUUCUUCAAGCCUUUCAACUCCCGACUGAAAAAUGCAGUUUCAGAUCAGAGCGACAAUGAAUGGGGUUUAUUUCUGAAUAAUGAUGACCUGUUAAAAUACAGAAGACUGAACAGGAUGUUGUUUUAGCAUCUCCAUACGAGAAAUAGUGGGCUAGAGGCCCACAGAAAAUGUUCAGCAAAACAUAACAAGUGUUGCAACUAUUUUUCUCAGAUGUGCAAAUAAUGUAAUUAACAACCUGGAAGCCACAUCAGAAUGUAAACUGAAGGAUGGAUACUACUGAUUUUGAUGAACAACUACGACAACAAGAACUUGAAAAACAAGGAAAACUUGAACCUCAAGAAAGUUCUUCUGCAAUUACUUAUACAGACAAAGAUGGGACCGUGUAUGAAUGGGAUUUUAAACAGAAAGUGUAUGUGCCUAAGAUUGAUGAGGAUUUCAUUGCUCAGUAUCAGAUGAAUUAUGGUGUUGCUGAUGCUGCGAAUGUUACAGACAAUAGUACUGCUGAUAUUGAAUAUAACCAAGACCCUCCCAAACCAGACUCUGAUAGCAAUGAACAGAACAAACCCAGUGACACUAGUGGCAAGUAUAAACCAGCGCAAAAAUCAGAAGAUCCAGGUUGGUUUCAUGUUGAUGAUAAACACAAUCUGAAUGUUUAUGUGUCCGGGCUUCCACUUGACAUCACAGAUGACGAAUUUCUGUCAAUAAUGAAAAAGUGUGGUCUUAUCAUGCAUGACCCAAUGAAGAGGGCAGCAAAAAUCAAACUCUAUAAAGACGAUAAUGGUCAACCGAAAGGGGACGGACUAUGUUGUUAUAUCAAGCCGGAGUCUGUAAGCCUAGCGCUGCAGAUCUUGGAUGGUUAUGAUGUACGAGGGAAAAAGAUCAAAGUAGAGAUGGCAAAAUUUGAAAUGAAAGGUAAAUUCGAUCCAUCGAAAAAAAAACGAAAGUUAACGAACAAAGAAAAAAAGAAAUUCAAAGAGAAACAAGAAAAGUUGUUUGACUGGCGCCCAGAACCACUGCGUGGUAUGAGAUUCAAACGCGAAAAAACUGUCAUUCUACAAAACAUGUUUGAACCUAGAGAGUUUGAGGAGGACCCUUCUUUACUGCGAGAGCUGAAGGAUGAUGUACAAAGUGAAUGUUCAAAGUUUGGAGAAGUCCGGAAGAUUGUGAUUUAUGACCGAAACCAGAAAGGUGUGAUAUCAGUGACUUUUCGAGAACCUGAAGAAGCCGACGAAUGUAUUGUAGCUUUGAAUGGUCGGUGGUUUGCACAGAAAAAGAUUGUAGCCGAGACCUGGGAUGGGAAAGAGAAAUUCGACAUUGCAGAAACGGAAGAAGAAAGACAAGACCGUUUGAAUAAAUGGCAGCGAUUCCUUCAACAAGGUUCCACAUCGAAGAUUUCAAAUGAGGAAGGUGGGGAACAUAAAACAGAGCUUGCAUCAGUGUCCGAAACACCAGCAGCUUCUCCUUGAAACUCAGUCAUUUCAGAACUCUGACACUUCGUUUCCGACGAGGUGUGUGCUUUUUUUUUUUUUUUUUUUUUUACCUGAUAAGAGACAAAAGCCUGUAUGUAACCACUUGCUAUAUAAAUAUAUAUCUACCUACUGACUACUUGCUGACCAUCUGUGCUCCCUUUCUUCAUGAAUAGAACGGGGAACCGACAAUUUUAUGAGCUUACAGCAACCAAAGUUAAAUAACAAUAAUUGUUUCUUGCACAAUAAUAAUAA